AUGCUCGAAUACCGCACGGAGGGUUUCAAUGGAGGAGCUGUGAAAUAUUCGCCCUUUUUCGAUUCACGACUAGCUGUUGCGGCUUCGGCGAAUUUUGGGCUCGUUGGAAACGGGCGAUUUUACAUCUUUGAGCUCACCCCGCAGGGCAUAACUCCGUUAAAGUGGUAUACGACACAAGAUGCUUUAUAUGACUUAGCCUGGUCGGAAAUCCAUGAAAAUCAGGCUCUCGUUGCAUCCGGAGAUGGCAGUGUAAAGCUUUUUGAUUUGACUGUGGAUGAAUUCCCCGUUCAAGCAUGGAAGGAGCACAGCAGGGAGGUCUUUUCUGUUCACUGGAAUUUAGUCGCGAAGGAUCGAUUUUGCUCCAGCAGCUGGGAUGGCACCGUCAAAAUAUGGGCUCCAGACCGACCGACGUCGCUACUCACUCUUCCCACACAUAGCUGCACCUAUUCUGCGGCUUUUUCACCUCAUUCACCGGAUAUUCUAUCUUGCGUUUCUUCUGAUUCAUACGUGCGUAUAUUCGACCUGCGUACCCCAACGUCAGCAUCCAAUCAUCUCACCGUUCAAAUACCUAUUCAUGGAUCUGGCCAGACUCCUAUUCCUACCAACCCCGGUUUACCAAUGGCUCCAGCAGCGUCUCCUCCUUCCGAAGCUCUUACGCAUGAUUGGAAUAAAUAUCGCCCUUCUGUCCUUGCAACUGGCGGUGUUGAUAGAAUAAUUCGAACCUUUGAUAUCCGUGCUCCCCAGCAAGGGCCUCUUUGCGCUAUGGUCGGACAUGAAUAUGCUGUCCGGAAGCUAACAUGGUCGCCCCACCUUUCACAUGUGCUACUCAGUGCCGGCUACGAUAUGACAUGCCGUGUUUGGACCGACGGAUCCGAAAUUGGAGCUCCAGCAGGCGAUGCGGACGCAAUGAGACUUGGACCCAUGCCUACAAUGGGAAGGGAGCUGGGCCGUAUGGGCAGACAUACGGAAUUUGUCACUGGCGUCGAUUGGUGCCUCUUUGGUAGUGAGGGAUGGUGCGCGAGCUGCGGUUGGGAUGAAAGAUUAUGUGUCUGGGAUGCAAGGGCUGUUAUGGCAUAA